AUGGAUACCGCCAACGUAGGAUAUUCUUACCAUUUACCCAAUGGUGGAUGGAAUUAUAAAAUUCGUAAUACGCUAUCGCAAUUUAGCGAUCUGUUUAGCGAAUUCAAUAAAUAUAUCGCCCCUGCUUAUCACCAUGAUCGGUGUGAAAGAUCCGUUCAAAUGAGGGUGUAUAAUAUGCACAAAGGAGAAUUUGUUAUGGUUUUUAUAGCAUUUUUUGCUUGUUUCGGACUCGGAGUUUUUAUAGGAUUAGCAGGUCCAUCACCAACCACAACGACAUCUGUAUCAGCAACGAGUGUCUUAAAGAACGCAAGUGCGUUGUUUAGUGGGCCCUUCCACCUGCAUAGCCCAGCGCUGGGAACGCGCGUACAACAACUGUGGUUGCUCGCUGAAAUCGUAACGGAUAAUGACGAUGAAGAGAUUUUCGAUAAAAGUUUUCAAGUGAGCAUAUCCAUUGAUGGAGUACUAAACGACCACACGACAACAAAUCUAAUACCGGAAUCCGAAGCUACCAAUCGAACGCAACAUCUAAGAUGCAAGAAGCAGAUAUGCGAAGAAGUGAUGGUGCUACAUCUCGGCUCCUUGGAGUACACCCAUUACAUGUUGACUGUACGUUUCUACGGCCUCCACGAGUUCCACAAACGAUAUACCAUCAGAGAAGUGAUGUUCUAUUUUAAAACGUACAACCCUGGAUUCACGCAAAUGGAGACUUGGUUCAGAUUCAUCUUCCUCCUGACAACUUUUACUGUAGCUUGCUGGUUCGCUCACACCCUUCGCAAGUAUUCGACUCAAGACUGGGCUAUUGAACAGAAAUGGUUAUCAAUUUUACUACCGCUACUUCUGCUUUAUAAUGAUCCAAUAUAUCCGUUGCGGCUGGUAUCUGGGGGGUGUUUUGCACCAUUCGUGGACACGAUGUUCCAGACUACGUUUCUCGCUUGCGUCAUGCUUUCCUGGCUAGCGCUCUAUCAUGGCUUGAGACAGAACGAACGAAGUUUUGUCUCAUUUUACUUGCUGAAGGUGAUCAUCGUGGGUUUGGUUUGGACUCCCGCGAUGGUAGUGGCCGUGUGGCAAAAGUAUUAUGGGUACUAUGACCCUACCUUCAAUUAUGUAACCGACCCUAACUUCCGGGUAGUGAAAAUAUUAUUCUUCAGUGCCGUCGCCCUAUACUUUUUGUACCUGCUUAUUCUCGUUGUUAAGGCAUACAGCGAUCUAAGGAAUAUGCCUUUUUUUGAUAUAAGAUUGCGGUGCCUAUCAAUUAUUGUAGUAUCAGUGAUAUCUAUAAUAACAAUAUUAGCGCUGCACUCGUGGGGCCCCGCAGCACUGCAAGACCAUUGGGCCUCGCAACCAAAGGUCCAUUUUGACACAUCCGCUCCAUUUAUGGCAAUGUACGGUCUUUUCAACUUCAAACUGUACACCUUGGCGUAUCUAUUUUCGCCAGGAAGCGGAUCGAUACAUGAAACAGCUAUUACCAAAGACAAUCCGGCCUUUUCUAUGAUCAACGAUUCUGAUGAAGACGUUAUCUAUGGUUCGGAUGAGGAAAGCCGCCGUCCUCUUAACUCGCACUCACGAGCGAACACAGAAAAUAUAAUAUGA